AUCUUCUAAAUUCUGGUAUACCGAAAUCGGUGGUGUAAUUGAAUAGGAGAGAGUGGUGGCUCACAUCAUCUUAUGUAUUGAGGCAUGGAUGCCAGGUUUUAAAUUGUUUACAAAUGAAAUGAUGCAAGGCUUGGUUAAUAAAAUUUGAGGGGGCUUUAUAGCAAAAAUAGGGAAUUUUGAAUUGGCCAGUCAUAUAUAAACAAUUGAUAUUAACCAACCAGUUUAAUAACUAUUAACCAAACUGUUUAAUCUGCUAUGAGUCAUAUCGUUAGAGAUUUUUCUAUUUGGAAUAUGUUAGUUUAUGGAAAUGCCAGAAAUCCUGGGGUUACAGGUGAUGAUAUUGACAGUCAGUCACCAUUAAUGGUUGACGACGACAGUUCUGAUAGUUCACCUAGUACUGCUUCAACUACAAGUAGUGAUGAUGAAGAUGUCACCCACUAUUCAGAUUCUAUGGAAGAAAAGAAGUUACUUGCUGCAAGAGAAUAUGUUGAUGAAGAAGCUAUUAUUGAAUCUACUAAGGAAGGAAAGGAACCUUUAAUUGUUGUUGACACUAAUGCUAAACGUUCAAAGAAAGGUAAAGGACGCUUAUUAUUUGGUUUAUUAGCAGCUUUCCUUAUUUUAGUAACCUUCCAUCUGCAUGGUAAGUUUGCUCAUUGUGGUCAUCACAAAUCCUUAAUGCUUGGUAGACCAGCUGUAAAAAUGGAAAAAGCUUUUAUUGAUGAUGGUUUACAAUUUCAACUUCAAGGUAAUACUACUAUCCCACCAAGAGAAAUUAUCUCUGUAGACCAUCCAUUCAAGGGUAAAAAGGUUUAUGGUGAUUCUGUUUAUUCUGCUGUGGUAGUUAACCACACCUUUGGUCAUUCUUGGGGUAAACCAGCCGUAGUUACUUUCACUCCUCCUAGUGAUGUUGAUUACAACAAGGUUGUUUUGAAUUUGAACACUACUGUAGGUGGUGUCCAAUAUGAUAGAUUAGCCCAUUUAUUUGUGGAUGGAGUUCAAAUUUGGAGAACUUCAACCAUUGAGCCAGGUGGUGGUUCAGUCUUUUCAGUAUUUAAAAAGGAUGUUUCAACUUAUUUGAAAUUAUUUAAAAAACCAAGCACUGUUGUUUUUCAACUUGAUAAUGUUUUAUCUUCAAGAUUAACUGGUGAAUUCCAUAUUGAAUUAACCGUCGAUUUAUAUAAGGCCGAUCACCAUCACAAGAAACAUCAUGAAUCAGAAUCAGAAUCAGACUCCGUUCAAGAACAUGAUGAUCUUUCAAAGAUUGAAGAUGUUAAAUCUGAAUAUUCUGUGUUUUCAAUAAGAAAACCAGCUGACAGUAUUUUCCCAUUAACUAUUGGUAAGUCAAAGGCUGAUUCACCUUUACAAUAUCUUCCAUCUGAUAAGAUUCACGUUAAUUUACCGAACGUUUCUGUCAAUACUACUAGAUUAAUCUUAUCUAUUUUUACAUCUGGUAAUGCUGCUGAAGAAUUCUGGUAUACCAAUGUUAUUGAUAAAUAUACUGAUAGAUUUUCAAAGGAAGGUAGAUUAUUUAAUGGUCAUGGACCAAAUAGAUUUGUCAAUGUUUUCUUCAACGGUGAAAAGUUUGCCGUUCAAACUCCAGAGCCAGUCAUUUUCACUGGUGGUAUUUCUCCUGCCUUAUGGUCUUCAGUUGUAUCAAUCGAUGCUUUUGACGUUCCAACCAUCGAUAUUGAUGUUAGUGGUUUAUUACCAUACUUGUGGGAAUCGCAAGCCAUUGAAGAUAAGUUUAUUGAAAUUGAGAUUAGUAAUGGUUUAGGUGAACUUGGAAAAGCUGCAUCUAGUCUUGUUGCUGAGAAUUGGAUUACUACAGCAAACUUAUUAGGUUAUGAAAACGCUGACGUUGUUGCUGCUUCUGGUGAAGUCAUUGAUAUUAGUCACACAAAUAGAGGUAAUGUUGUCGCUAUUGCUCCACCAUUUACUGGAUCAAUCCUGCAAAUUGUUAAUGGUAUCUUUAGUGGUCAAUUGAUCAGUAAAUUUGCGCUUACUUUGGAAUCAGGUAGAAUCUUACAUACUACCUUGAGUUCUUACACUAAGGGUGAAGUAUCAAAUGUUCAAUCAUACAGUCAUUUCGGUGAAAAACAAAGUAUUGUACAUGUUGGACAUUCCGUUAAAUCUUUUAUCAUUCAAGAUGACGACUUACCAGUUGAGCCAGAAGAUGAUGGAGCAAAUGGUCACUCUACAUUACCAGCCAAUACUAUCCAUUCUGUUAACGUUUCCUUGAGUUAUCCUUUAGUUCUUUCUCUUACUGAAAAGAACAAGACUUUAAUUCCUGGUCAAGACUUUGAAAUCGAAUAUGAUGUAUCAAUUGUUAAUGUUAAAGAUACAGAAGUGACAAUUGAUGAAGAUAAAGUUUUCAAAGUUGGUACUCACCAAAAUGGUACUUCUAAAUUCUUCCUUGCUUCUAAAGGUAAUCACGGAUAUGGAAAACUUGAAACUAAAUUCAAAGUGAAAGCAAAGACUCCCGAAAAGAAAUUCAAAUACUUCAGAAAGGUCAAGUCAGAAAAUGGUACUAUUAUUUCUGACGAAACCAAGAGUCAUAAAAGAAACGUCACUGAAAUUCCAGGCACAAGAAGUACAAGUAGAGGUCAUGUUCUUGGUAAGCCAAUUGGCCCUGCACCAGGUAAACCAAUGAAUAAGUUUUAUUCUGAUUGUAAAUUCAGCUUUAAAAACUUUGCUAAGAACAAGUAUGAUCGUUUCUUUGACAGAAUCAUGAGUAUCUCAGAAAAUAGUAAGCUUUGUGCUCGUGGUAUUUUCAAUCUUGAAAAGGCACUUGCUGAUCUUAGAAGAUCUAUAAAAUUUGAGUUCAGCGAAUUGGAGAGACCUCAGUUUAAUUUCGGUGUUAGCACUAUUGAUAUGACACAUGCAUUCAUUGGCCAUGAUUCUGACGAAGUUGUGAAUCAUAAGAAAAAAUUCAAAGGGGGAAGAAAUAGAUUUCACAAGUUAAUUGACUCACAAAGCUUCGAAGAGCUUACUUCUGAACAUAAGGAUCACAAGGAACUGAACCCUGAAGAUAAAGAUGACAAAGAAGAACACAAGAAACAUGGUGAAGGUAAAGAAGAACACAAGAAACAUGGUGAAGGUAAAGAAGAACACAAGAAACAUGGUAAAGACGACAAACAAGAACACAAGAAGCACGGUGAAGAUAAACAAAUAAAGCACCCUGAAGAAGAUGCUAAUAAGCACGGAAAGCAUUCCGAAGAAGACGAAGAAAAGCACAGAAAGCAUCGUGAAGAAAAAGAAGAGAAGCACAGAAAGCAUCGUGAAGAAAAGGAAGAGAAGCACAGAAAGCAUCGUGAAGAAAAGGAAGAGAAGCACAGAAAGCACAAUGAAGAAAAGGAAGAGAAGCACAGAAAGCACAAUGAAGAAAAGGAAGAGAAGCACAGAAAGCACAAUGAAGAAAAGGAAGAGAAGCACAGAAAGCACAACGAAGAAAAAGAAGACAAGCACAGAGAAAAGGAUGAUAAAUUCAGAAAACAUCCUGAAGAAGGUGCUAAAAAUCAUAUUGUUUAUUCCUUAGUUGCACAAUUCAACAAAUUCAUUAACAAUUUCACCCACUUUUAAUUUUCUUCUUCUAUCCUAGUUAGUUGAUUCAGGUUUAUUUUUUUAGUUCUUUGUUUUUGUCAUUUUAUUUUUUUUUAUUAAAAUGACCUAUUUUUUUUUAAAUUUUUGACUACCAGUCGUA